UUUUAAUCAGAUUUUGGACUUGGACCUUUGCUGUUUGUUGGCUUAUUGCCAACAUUCGAACGUUCAUGGACUGGAUAAAACUGUGACGUCGCUGACAUGAACUUUCGAACGUUGGGACUGGCAGUUAAAAGGCGCAGCAGCCCGAAAACUUCAGUCGUCGACGGAUCUUCGCAGCGACAACAUGUGCUCUAUUCGAGGGAUACUGGGAGCGGCGGGCGUUGCAGCUCUAGCUGUAGCGGCCGGUGGAUCACUUUACUACCUGUACCGAUCCAGAGCUCAGAAGCCGACGACAACGGAGGAGACCACGGUCACUCCAGUGGGAGAAGACACUGAAACGGUGGAGGAGAUCCAGGCUGAGCCGAUGGUUGAACCUGUACUCUCCAAGACUGUGAUGGAGUUGGUGGAGGAAGAUGGAGGAGUUGACUGCCCCCAGGAGGAAGAUCAGACCACUCUCAUCAUGGAUGAGGCACCAGAAGCUCCCAGCCUGUUUCUGGUCACUGACUUAACAGAGACUGAGGAAGCUGAGGUGACCCUUUAUUCAGAGCUUCCUGAGAGUGUGGUGAAGACACUGGUGGAAGAUGGAGGAGUUGACUGCCCCCAAGAGGAAGAUCAGACCACUCUCAUCAUGGAUGAGGCACCGGAAGCUCCCAGCCUGCUACAGGUCACUGACCUAGCAGAGACUGAGGAAGCUGAGGUGACCCUUUAUUCAGAGCUUCGCGAGAGUGUGGUGGAGACACUGGUGGAAGAUGGAGGAGUCGACUGCCCCCAAGAGGAAGAUCAGACCACUCUCAUCAUGGAUGAGGCACCGGAAGCUCCCAGCCUGUUUCUGGUCACUGACUUAGCAGAGACUGAGAAAGCUGAGGUGACCCUUUAUUCAGAGCUUCGUGAGAGUGUGGUGGAGACACUGGUGGAAGAUGGAGGAGUCGACUGCCCACAAAAUGAAGAUCAGGCCACUCUCAUCAUGGAUGAGGCACCGGAAGUUCCCAGCCUGCUACUGGUCACUGACUUAGCAGAGACUGAGGAAGCUGAGGUGAUUGUAGAGCCUAAACUCUGUGAGAGUGCGGUGGAAACAAUGGUGGAUGAUGAAGGAGAAGAGGUGGAGUGGUGGAGACCCCAAGAGGAAGAAGAUGAGGAUAAGGAGCAACCUCUCCCAGGUGUCUAUCAGCUCUACAAAGACUGGCCAAUAACUAAACAUGAACAACCAAAAGAGCAACGUCAGAAGAGACGAAAAAGAGAGCGGGAAAUCGGCCACAAGAAGGACAGUGGAGAGGAAGCUGUGGUGACCGUGGAGCCUGAACUCUGUGAGAGUGUGGUGGAAGCACUGGUACUAAAUGGAGAAGUUACCAGCCCCCAGGACACGGACCCAGCAGAGACUAAAGAAGCUGAGACGAAGGCUGAAUGCAGAUCUGAAGCUGAAUCCAAAAAGAAGCAGAGGAGACGAGGAACACGAGGAAAGGGGCGGAAAAUCAAGUAUAAGAAGGACAGUGUAGAGGAUUAAGUGAAGAAAUAAAUCUUCAUAAAUCUAAAUUUGAGUGUAAGGGUUUUUUUUAGGGCUUUUUAGUCCUUUUGAAGUAUUGUAUGUGAAGUACAGUAGCACACUCCAUAAAAAAAGAAACAACUACAAAAAUAAUUUAGUAUAAAAAAAAUAUAUAUUACAUUAAAAAUCAACCAAAAAAAAAGCUACCCUUAAAAAUAAAUAAAAAAAAAGUAAAGGUAAAAUAUGGAACUGCUACAGAAGCUGAGACAAAGGCUGAUAAUGAGCAACCAGGAGGUUGUUGGGGAGGAGGUGGGAUGUGAACUUUCGUCACGAAAGGUAGGUAGUUAGAGCAGGUAUUUAUUUAUAGGGCGGUUUAUUGAUAAGAGGUGGAGUUAGAGCAGGGGUGUGUCAAACUCAUUUUGGCCGAGGGCCACAUUGGCAUAUUGGCUGUUCUCUGAGGGCCAGAUGUAACUUAUAAAUGUAAUAAAAUGUAACCAAAUGUAAUAUAAAAUAAAUGUAAUUACUCCUUAAUGUUAAAUAACUCUCAAUAUAUUAUUUAUUCAAUCAAAUAUUACAGUUGCAUGGAAAAAAUGUUUGCUUGUUGCUCUAUCAACAUAAAUCCUUUUAAUUUGUCAUGUUAUGAAUUCCAUCAAUCAAGAACCAAACUAUUCAAGUAAAUAGAAAUGACAUCAAAUACAAGUUAUAUUAACUUUGAUUAAAACGUCUGAUUCUGAAAAGAAGCUUAAUAAAUAUAAAAUCAAAAAUUGUGAGCUGUUAAGAACAUGUGACAGAUUUAGCAUUUUACAAAAAAAACUGACUGCAACCGCCUUGCAUCAAACUAGAUGC